GCAGUUCUCUCUUUCCUAGUCGUCUAUAUAAAUUUCCUUCAGCUCGGUCGAAAAAUGGCGACGAUCGCGGGUGUCCGUGUCUUUGCGCGAAGCGCCGGUUUAAUAAGAAAUACCUCAAACCGGUUGACCAUCCUAAGAUCAGCAGUGGCUAGUCAGCUCAACCAAAGGCUUAUCCAUGCGAUCAGGCAAACGUCCACGCCGAUCAUCACCAUGAGUGUAGAUGGCCUACGGAUCAAGCAGGUGCGCCAGUACAGUGAAAAACCACCGCUCACACUUAAUUUUAUUCGUGAUCGAGUACUUUUAGUGCUCAAGCUCUAUGAUAAAAUUGAUGCUACAAAGCUAACAGUGGACUCACAUUUCAUAAACGAUCUUGGUCUAGAUUCCUUGGAUCAUGUUGAAGUUAUCAUGGCAAUGGAGGAUGAAUUUGGCUUUGAGAUACCAGAUAUGGAUGCAGAAAGGCUCACAACACCAGGUGCUAUAGUGCGUUACAUUGCUGACAAAGAAGACAUUUAUGAAUAAUAACAUUCUCCUUAAUUAUAAGCAAAAUUUAGUCAACAUGUCUCUGCUUAAGGAAAUCUCGUAGCAGUUGCAUCUAUAAAAGAGAUGUACUGUAUGUUGAGGACUUCACUGCGACUUGUUUCUUUCCUGUAUAUAGACCAAGGUCAUUAUGUAUGAAUAAAAAUGUCACUUAUUGUUAGA